GAAGAAUAUAUGCGGCUGAUGGAUAACCAAGGUUAUAUAAUUAGCAGAUAUUAAAAAAUGUCGCCUGUUUGUGAACGCUUUUGGGUGAAUUUGAGGAUGUGUGUAUUUCAGACGCAGAGCCCGGUGUUUUGAAGUUUUUCAAGGGCUCGAUGAAAGCCUGGGUGUGUGUUUGAAGUGCGCAGAGCAGCUGGCUUUGUGUUUGUGGACUCCUCCCGUUGUGUGAUGAAGUUCAGAUGCGCGCCUUUGUGCCGUACGCGCGUCACCAGCGCACACAGAGGAGCUUCCCGACGCGAGGGGAGGAUGGAGAGAUGCGCGGAUCACGACCAUGGGAGGCUUUGAAUUUGCCAUCACGGCUCGCUAAUUGACGCCUUGUCCACUUUUUUGCAGGAUAUGCUUCCAGCCUUUGUGUGACGGGUAACCCAGCUGCUCUGGAUUCAGAGAUCCGGCGCCGUCUUUCGAGUCCGUCUUCCAGUUGAAAAGCUUCCAGGGCUACGUGGACCGUAAACCUCGGCUCGGUCCCUCGCGGUUAUGUUGUAGUUUACCCGGACGGAAGCUGUGUUUUUUUUUGCUCCAGGAAAUGUUGGCAUGGCCGCCUCGGGAGCACAGAAGUGUCCGAAGAGCGAGAAGUUGGACGAGGCGCAGGCUUUGGCCAAGAGCUGCGCGGGGAGACCAGACUUCCUGCCUUGUGAUGGACUCUCCAUCUGCGCGACGCACAGCCACGGGAAGUGCUUCAAGCUGCACUGGUGCUGCCACUUGGGCUGGUGUCACUGCAAGUAUGUGUACCAGCCCAUGACCAACGUGUGCCAGCUGCCCAGCACAGCUGUGCCACCUGCUGGGACAGAGUACAGUAACACCAUGGACCUGUCCCUCUCUCUGGCCGAGCGCUUCCUGAAGCUCGCACCCUGCUUCCAGUCCCCGCCUCACCUGGAGUCGCCCAAAUACUGCGUCAUCGCGGAUCUGUUUGUGGACGACUACAUCGUCAAGCGCAUCAACGGAAAGAUGUGCUACGUGCAGCGCCCCCCUCCUCCCUUACCAGAGCCACCUCAUCCUCCCACCCCUCCCCCGCCUGCUCUCUCUACACCUCAGAUGCCCCCAAAUCCCGCUCAGCCUCGGCAACCAGUGAAGCCCACGCCGCCGACCCAGCACACGCCUGCACCUGUGCAGCCGGUCCAGCAGGUGUACAGUGAACACAAACACCCCUCCCCCGUGGAUAAGAUAAAAGGCCCCAAAAUGGACCACUGCUCCUCUCCAUCCAGCUCCGAGGACUCCGGCAUCAACGCGCUUGGUCUGCACUACCUGGAGUCCUGCGAGGAGGAGAGCGAGGAGGAGGAGGACGACGAGUUGAGCACAGAUGGGAACUCCAGCCCCGGCAGCCUCUGGGAUCAGGACGACUGUUCUCUGCUGUCCCCUUCCAAGUCCAUGAUUGAGAUCAUUGAAAAGAUCGAAACAACUGUGUAACUGAAGUAAACAUCGCCACGAACGCAAGCCGUGAGGGAGCGCGAUCCACGGAGCGUCAUCAUAUUACACAGAAUAACUUGAGGAUUUAUUCUACAUGGACCAAGAGGACACAAACCCCUCUCUAAAGCUUCAGCGGGGCUCUGCCGGGCUGGAGUUGAAUAUGUUUUCCUGCAGGUGGCCGAGGACUGUACGCCUGCAAUCACAAACAGCCUCUCCUCUGUCCACGUCCCCUGCAUGGAGUGAAUUUCCAGAAGUUAUUAUGAUACAGGAGAAAAAGGAAGCACAGGAAUAUCAAGCACAUGCACAGAGGACCAAACGGACCAAUUACCUCGACAUGGUAAUUGUACAGUAAAAAAAAAGGAAGCUAUAGUAGGUGCACUUCCAUCAGAAGAAAGACUUUCUGUCUGAGACUUCUCUUUAGGUAUAUAAUACUGGAGCUAAAUUAUGAAUGAACAAAGGUGGGAUAAGUAGGUUUUGUGAUGAUAAUGAGCAGUUAGGUAAUUCUUAGUGUUCUCCAGUCGUCAAUCUGGCAGUCAGACCUAAUACUAAUUCAGCAUUAAAGUGGCAGAUAAGCCUGUCGUGGCUCCACCUACACAUUUUAGUAACUCUGACACUUCAGCAUAAUAAGUACAAGGCCAGCUACCUCUCGUGGGCCUAAAGCACAUCAGCCUUUUACCCGUUAAUUACUCAGCACCCGAGCUUGCAGGGACCCACCUGCUUUUAUCACGCCAAUAACACAGUUUGUCUGCACUUUACUGACACCGACACGAGCGGCAGGCAGGCAGGUAGGUCAGUGUUUGACAAUCAAGAAUUACCCAGAAGCACAUUCCUAUACUGUGCCUGCCAGCCAGAACCAAUGAUACUCUUAUAGCUUCUAAAACCACUUAUCAGACAUUAACACAUUGAUCUGACCACCUUUUCUGGUCAAACUGCACUACCGCGGUAAUGUUCAAGGUUAAAUGGGAUGUUAAACAAAACAUGACUUGCGCUGACCUCUAUUAGCGGCCACGAAAUUAAAUAGCAUGGACGUGUCGCAGAGCUACAGUGACAAAGGCAGGAGUCAUGUUGUCAAAGCAGAGUGAAGAGGGGUUAUAUCUAAUAUAUAUACAUAUAAACUUAUAUAAUUACAAAACUGCAUUGUUAUUUGCUUUUUGGGCUUGACGGUGAAAUGUCUUGUGAGGCCAGCUGACAGUCUGGCAGGAAGAAAGGUGCGCAGGCAGGGCUAGACUAAUACGUCACAGUUAUUUUGUGCUAGGGGGCAGGAAAAUGUCACUUAAUGCACCUUUAAAAGGAAAUUACAGUAUGGAAUAGGAUGCUGAAUAGGUGUCGUGAUGUUGUGAUGGACAUGUUAUAAGAAAUACACUUGAAUAUAAAAUUAGUGAGACAGCCCCUUAUUAGUCAGUUAGUAAAAUGAAGAUGGGCUGGGUCUUUUUAAUAUUUUUUUUUUCUGUUUAAAAAGUUCUUUCCUGGAGAGUUAUCUGCAAAAAUCACUUAAAUAUUCACAGAUAUGUAUUGCUACAAUGCUACACUAGAUGUAAAAAAAAAAAAAAAAAGAAAAAGGAAAAAAAACGAAUUUUGCAUGACUGCAUUCAUUUGCAAAGUCCCUCGUGUCGAAAACCAAUUUAACGAAUUUGUGAGUGUUCAAAGAGCGGACAAAUCCUGUAUCUGUUAUCCAAAUAAAAUGUUUUUUAUUCAGCCCUUGACAUUACACUGAUCACAGUCCCUCUUAAUGCAGUUUAAAACAUGUCUUUUGUUCUUAUUAUUGUUAUAUUAUUUUCAUAUGAAUAAAUCUUA